AUGGGUUCAGAGACUUUCCUUGAAGUCGUUCUUGCCAUUCUGAUACCUCCCGUUGGAGUCUUUCUUCGUUAUGGCUGUGGGGUGGAAUUCUGGAUAGAUUUGUUGCUCACAAUAUUGGGUUACAUCCCGGGGAUUAUAUAUGCCAUUUAUGUUCUUGUUGGAUGA